CUGGUAAUACUGAGCCGUCAUACGUUGCAGAUAAGGAUUGGGGGAAGUCUGCUAUAUAAGCACAGAGCGGUCGAAUGUUCAAUGUGCAACCAAAGUUUGUACACAUUGUAAAGAAUUGCCGAGUGGUGAAGAUCGAAGCAGAAGAAAUGGCAAGUUUUGACUUUGGCAGACGAGCCCCUGAGCUUACCCUUGCUCACUAUCGGGGAGAACAGUGCUUGGAUGAAAUCUUGGAGUGGGUUUGGGACAAUUGCAAGUUUGAUUGCAAGGCCUUAGUAGAAUCAGGAAAGUCUGAGGAUAGAGCCAAUAUGUUACGAUUGCAUGGCAAUCAGUGUUACAAGGCACAGAAUUAUGCAGAUGCCUUAGACUUGUAUAAUCAGAGUAUCAUGGCUGCGCCACAUCCAGUGUUGGAUAAUGUCGGAAUUGAAAAGAGUGAAGAUAACACAACGUUUGGUUUUCCUCGCAUCGACCCUGCUAGGUAUGGUGGCGUUGCUCUAGAGAAGUGUAGUGCCUUAGGAAAAGGAUUUGCAAAUAGAUCAGCUGUUAUGCUUUGUUUAGGGGAGUAUGAGAAGUGUAUAGAAGACGUUGAUCUAGCUCUAGAGCAUGGAUAUCUUGAGGAACUGCGUCCGAAGCUAGAGGAAAGGCGGUUUAAGUGCCAAGAAGCACAAAAGAAAGGGGAGCCAUCAAACUGCAGGCACAGAAAUGGGAAUCUUCAGAAACUUAUCCUACAAAACAUUCUUGGGGAAAUGAAGUCCACCUCAGCUAAGAAGCCUCCAGUGUUAAGAGAUCCUAAUCCAUGUAUACCAGCUGUCAGCAGUGCUGUUAGUGUGUCCCAUUGGCCCAAUAAAGGGAGAGGCCUUGUUGCAACGAGAGAUAUCAAACCAGGUGAGGUCCUUGGUGUGGAGAGGGCAUUUGCCGUUUUUCUGAGGCAACAUCUCCUGGGCACAAAUUGUUCCACUUGUACUCAUCCUUGUGUGAACCCCCUCCCUUGUCCUGGGUGUUCCAAGGUGGUAUUCUGCAGCAGAUCCUGUAGGGUUAAGGGUCUUUCAGAAGACCAUUGGUUAGAGUGCAAGAUCCUGAGCUCAGUACUUGUUCAUGGACUGGAGGAAAGGACAUGUUCCUAUAAACUGCUGAAAACUUGGAACUUCAGGCAAAUGAAAUCUAUCUACAAUAAACUGAAGAAGGAUAAGCCUACUCUCCCUGAAAAGUUAGGAUUUGAUAAAAGUGGAAAAUAUAGUUCUUCCUCAUUUCAAGCCAUUUACCAUCUUGAUCAAGACUUGGAAGCUUUUCCUUUGGAAGAAGUGAUAUCCUUAUGCAUGGAUGCAUUUCGGUUGACCAAACUCUUAGAGUUGAGCAAAAGGUUCUUUGUGAAUCACUUGGGCAAACCUGUACCAGUGACCAAAGAAGAUUUUUUAUACACAUGCAAGAUUUUGGUCAACAACUAUACUAAGUUUAUUCAGAAUUCCUUUGGAAACCCAAGGCCAAGAGGUGAUGCAACUGUUCCCAGCGAAAAGUCUCAUCAACCACUCCUGUUUUCCUGUUAUAUCUAA